AUGGACGAAGAUGAAACUUACCAGAGACUUACAGGUCUCUCGGCUAUGAUUCAACAAGUUUACUUGCCCUUGAUGGAAUCUAGAACAGAGACAAGACUACACAUGGAGAAGUUUGUCAGGCAGAUCUCGAUCUCCCUGCAACAAGCCUAUGGAAACGUCACCAUCAAGGUGCCCUACGUUCCCCCCAAUUUAACGGACGAGGAGAUUUGUAGGAACCGCUCACUUAUUGAGGAAUACCAAAACACUAUUGAAGAGUGGGCUCAGACAAUCAAAGAAACUAUUGACAGAGAAAAGGAGCGCCAGAAGGAGAUGAAUACUGCCUACGGAGAGGUCGAGUACUGGAGAUCAAGAUCAGCUACCUUCAACACCCUCUACCAGCAACUAACUAUGCCUUAAGUUAGAAGAAUCCAAUCGAUUAUGCAAGCUAACGAGACUUUGAACCAAGACGCUUUCAGCAUGGAGCACUUCAACUCUCAAUGGCAAAAUUUCUCAAAGUUGCAUGCUCAAGCCAAGGACUUCGUGAAGUUCCUAACUACUUUAGAAAGAUAGUUCAAGAACAUUACAAGAGGAGAGCUGCCCUCAAUUGAAGAGACCCUUCCAUCCCUCUUGAAUGGUUUGAAGCUCAUUUGGACCAUAUCCAGACAUAUCAAUCAGAAUGACUCAAAGAUGGAAGACUUGCUUGAAAGUAUUUCAAAUGAAAUCUGCGAGAAGGUUAGCGCUCAAAUAGAUGUCAAGAGAAUUUUCAAGAUAAACCCUAAUGUGGCUAUAAACACCAUCACUUAAGGCAUCAAUGUCCUUGAGAAGUGGCAAAAGCAAUUCACUCAGACUAAAAUGGAGAUCGAGCAAGAGUCUACUGUAAAGAGAUGGGAUUUCCAAAAGACCAAGGAAAUCUUCAACAAGCCUAAGUACAUGAAGCAGAUCCUCGAUGACAUCAAGGAGGCUUGUAACGUUCUAAAAGAGUUCUCCUCUCUCUUGGGUAAUGAUCUUAAGGCUGUUACUGGUAGUUCUGAGCAAAUUGAUAUCGUAACUGACAAGGUCAAGGAAUGCGUGAGCAAACUUGAGAGCUUCCCAGGUAAUGUCUUCAACUCUGACAAUGAUGAGCAAUGGAAACUGAUUUUCGAUGGCUUCAAACACUCAAUUGCUCAAAUUGAAGACGAGACUAGUAAUCUUAUUAACACCACUUUCAGAGAGAAGCUAAACUCAGCUGAAGGUGCCUUUGAUCUCCUUCACAAGUUCAAAAAUAUCGUUACCAGACCCAGAAUUGAAGAGCAAAUGAAAAACAAGUACACUGAUGUACUUUAAAGAUAUGGACAAGAGGUCGCUGAGAUGGAACAACUCUAUCUUAGAGGCAAAGACAAUCCACCUAUCUCUAAGAAUAUGCCUCCAAAUGCUGGUGCUAUCGCUUGGGCUAGAAGCAUUAUGGGAAGAAUUAAGACACCUAUCUAUAAGUUUAAGACUAAGGAAGGAUUACUCCAGCAAACAAUAGGUGUAGGUGUGACAAGACAGUAUAUUAAUCUGGCGAAAUAACUUGAUUCAGACUAUGAAACCAAGAUCUUUUAGGACUGGCAUAAAGAAAACACUGACUAAGCUAUUAAACUUCUCAAGUACUUCAUUUUGGUGAAGAAGCAAGACCCUGAGACAAAGUAGUACCAGUACUUUGUGAACUUUGCUCCUGAACUGAAAGUAAUCAUUAGAGAGGCUAAAUUCUUGGACAGAAUCGGCAAGGAUAUCCCAUAAACUAUAAUUAACAUUGCGCUUUAGGAGAAAGACUAUAUGCGUCACAUUGAUAAGCUAAACUAAAUGCUGAGAGGCUAUAAUUCUGCGUUAAGCAAACUUAAGCCUGUUGAGAAGAAACUGCUUGAGAAGCAAAUCCUCAAACUUAACAGAUGGAUGGACAAGGGUGCUGAGAAUCACAACUGGUUCUCGCUCUCAAUCGCUGAGUAUAUCAGAGAGUGUCAAAAGGCCAUUGAUGAGUUCAAGGAAAUCAAGAGCAGAGUCCUCCAACACGCUCAGAACAUUGAAAAUAAAGUACUCAGUAUUGAAAAUGCAGUGAUUGUUAGAGAAAUAGACUUUGAGAGAAAAUCCCCAAUGGAUAUCACAGAAUUCUCAGACUUCUUUGAGACUUACAGAAUUAAGGUGGUCUCAGAGCUUGUUAAAGACUACCAAAACAUCGGAGAUAUGUCGCUGAAGAGCAUUGAGGAGUGCACAGUCAAGACAAACAACCAAGGUGCAGAGGAAAUGAGGCCAUACUACUACUAUUGGGAAAGAAGAAUCUUCAAUGCAAUUACCAAAAUGAUUAUCAGAGCUCUUGCUGCCAAUAAGACUCUCUGGGUUAGAACUGAGAAACCCUCUCUGAUUAAGAUUCUGUCAUCUUAUAACCACCCUGAUAUGACUUACCACCCAACAGUCGAUGAACUCAGAAACCAUCUUGAGAAGUUCACCAGAGGCAUUUUGGAAUCUACCAAGCAGUUUGGAAGAUGGUGGGACGGUUUCUGCAAAAUCUUCGAAGAAAGAAUCCACGAAGAGACUUCCGAGAAGUACAUUCCAUACACCUUCUACGACGAAGUCAUGCUCAACCCAGUUGUAACACACUUGCAUUAUGAGAUCUGCCAGGCUAGAAACUAGGUCAUUGAUAAGUUCUCUCUCUUCUCAAGAGGUCUGACCAAGAAGUUCGACUUCAAAAAGCUAUUUGAUAAGAAUGAAAUGACCAAGCUACAGAAACUUAUCUAUAAGAAUUAGCAAACUUCAGAAAUUGAAAAGGGUAUUCUACUAUUCAAAUCAAUAAAGAAGGAAAUCAAGAAAAUUCCAAAUGAAGCUAGAAACUAUUUCAUUCUUGUUGACCACUCAGAAGUGAAACAAGUUACUAUUGAAAAGGCUGGUGAGUGGCUAGCUCUCUUAGGAGACGCUCUAGUCGAUAUGGCUACCAAGGAACUAGGCCAAAUCAUCAAAGAUAUUGGUGAGUAUGAAAGAUAGUUGAAGGCUGAGAUGGGUGGCAUCGACAGCUUAAAGCACCUUUUGAAUGUAAUCAGUGAGAUCAAGAACAAAUCUAUGGAUAUGGAAUUCAGAGUAAAUGAGGUCCAAGAGCAAUUCAGAAUCCUUAAGAUGUACAAGUACGAGAUCAAGGAAGAAGUCUAAGUCCAAGUUGAUGCUCUAAGCACUAGCUGGAACGAGCUGCUAGAAAUGGCUGACAGAAAGGACUUCGAGGUGAAUGAUUUCAAGAAGAACUUCGCUGAGGUCACCAAGGGAGAGGUAUUAAAGUUCAAAAAUGAACUCAAGGAAGAGUACGAGAAGUAUAUCAGCAACGGUCCAGGUUCAGACCACGUGUCACUAGAGGAUGGAGUUGAACUACUUCAAAUGAGUAAAGAUCAGAACAGAAGGUUCAACAGAAGAAGAGAAGAAUAUGUGCUGGCUGAAAAGCUAUUUAACUUACCCAUCUCAAAGUUCCCAGAGCUAAUCAAGAUGGAAGAAGACAACAAGAUCUAUGAUGAGAUCUAUCAGAUCUUUAAGGAGCACUAACAAGGUGUCAAAGAAUGGAGUAUGAUGCCAUGGUCAAAGCUCGAUGUGCAGGUGCUUGUCAGUGGAGCUGAAAAAUUCGAGAAACUAGUCAGAAAGCUUCAACAAAAGAUCCCCAACGCUGAAAGCAUUCCACCAUUCGUCAAGCUGAAGACUACCAUUACAGGUUUCAAGGACUCCCUUCCUCUUAUUCAGCAACUUAAGAUCCCUGCUGUCCAAGAACGCCAUUGGAAAAAAAUUAUGGAAGAGACUGGAAAAGAUCUCGGAGAAAUCAAUCUCAAGACUAUCACCCUCUCUAAGGUGUUUGAACUUGAGCUACAAUACUAUACUGAAAAAGUAGUAGAAAUCUGUCAAGAGGCCAAGGAAGAAGCCAAGAAUGAAGAGAACUUGCAAAAGAUCGAAGGUGCUUGGAAAGUACAAAACUUCGAUAUCCUUCCCUACAAAAAGGGAUCUGAGCUUAAGGGCUACGCUAUCAAGUCACCUGAUGAUAUCAGACAGUUGCUUGAAGAUAACAUUCUUAUACUGCAGAGUUUGAAUGCGUCAAAAUAUAUACGAGCGAUCAAAGCAAAAGUGUCGCAGUGGGAAAAAGAUCUGAAUACGAUCAACGAUGUCAUAGAUGCCUGGCUUAUUGUGCAAAGGAAGUGGAUGUAUUUGGAAAGCAUCUUCGCUAGUGAUGAUAUCAGAAUGCAACUGCCAGAUGAAGCAAAGAAGUUCAACAAAACAGACAACAAUUACAAGAAGAUCAUGGAAGCGGCGUUUAAAAACCCUAACGUCAUCCAAUGCUGCGUGAGAGCAGAAGGUGGUAACAGACUCGGAGAGCUUAAGAACAUUUCAGCCGAGCUCGACAAGUGCCAAAAGUCACUUACUAACUAUUUGGAAUCCAAGAAGAUGAGUUUCCCCAGAUUCUAUUUCAUCUCAGAUGAUGACUUGCUACUCAUCUUGGGUAGUUCAGACCCCAGAGCUAUUUCCGCACAUUUGCUUAAGCUAUUCGAUAACUGCAAGGAUGUGAUCUUUGGCAAGGGAGAUAAGCAAAUUAUUGGAAUGAUAUCUGAUGAGGCAGAGAAAUACGAAUUCGAAACUCCACAGAAACCCGAAGGUAACGUCGAGGACUGGAUGAACAAGGUUGACAAUGAAAUGAAGAAGACCCUCUUGACAAUUACUAAGAAAUCAGUAUUCUACUAUGCCAAGCAAGACCGUUUGGAAUGGAUUAAGGAGCAACUUGGUAUGGUUGCCCUUGUUGGCACUCAGAUCUGGUGGACAUUCUAGGUCGAGGAUGUAUUCAGAAGAGUCAGAGAAGGAGACAAGCACGCCAUGAAGAAAGAGCUAGCCUAGGAAACCAAGGACUUGAACGACUUGAUUGCUAUGGUCAGAUAGGAUUUGGACAACUUGAUCAGAAAGAGUGUCAACACUCUGAUUAUAUUGGAUGUGCACGCCAGAGAUAUCGUGGAAAGAUUCGUCAGAGACUCUAUUCUAGACGCUAAGGAAUUCGAAUGGGAGUCACAACUCAGAUUCUACUGGGAUAAGAAGAAGGAUGAUAUCGUCAUUAAGCAAUGUACUGGAACAUUUGAUUAUUGUUAUGAGUAUCAAGGACUUAAUGGUAGAUUGGUUAUUACUCCACUUACUGAUAGAUGUGUCAUGACAUUGACUACUGCUCUGACAUUCAAACUAGGAGGAGCUCCUGCAGGUCCUGCCGGUACUGGUAAAACUGAGACAGUUAAGGAUCUCGCUAAAUCCCUUGCUCUUCGUUGCGUCGUUACUAACUGCGGUGAGAACUUGGAUUACUUCGCUAUGGGAAUCAUUUUCAGUGGUCUGAUCCAGACUGGUUUCUGGGGUUGUUUCGAUGAGUUCAACCGUAUCAAUACUGAGGUACUCUCUGUCGUCUCAGCCUAAAUUCAAACUAUCUAAAAGGGUCUUACUUAAGACAAAAAGAAGAUUGACUUCUUGUCGACUGAUAUGAGACUUAUCCACACCGUUGGUAUUUUCGUCACCAUGAACCCUGGUUACGCUGGUCGUUCCGAACUUCCCGAUAACUUGAAGGCUCUCUUCAGACCAGUUACUAUGGUCGUGCCAGAUUUGAUCCUUAUUUGCGAGAACAUGCUUAUGUCUGAAGGUUUCAACAUGGCCAAGAUCCUUGCCAAGAAGAUGACAGUGCUUUAUAAGCUAUCAAGAGAAUAACUGUCUAAGCAAUAUCACUACGAUUUCGGUCUAAGAGCUUUGAAGUCAGUGCUAGUUAUGGCUGGUCAACUUAAGCGUUCAUAUGCUGACAUGAAUGAAGAUAUCGUGCUAAUGAGAGCCUUGAGAGAUAUGAAUAUGCCUAAGUUCGUGUUCGAUGAUGUUCCCCUGUUUACUGGAUUGAUUAACGAUCUCUUCCCAGGACUCAAAGCAGACAGAGUUGGUUAUGAAGACUUAAAGGAAAAGAUUGUGGAGGAACUUGAAAGUAAGAGAUACAGACACUCUGACGAUGAAAUCUUCAUGGACUAAGUUAACAAAAUUAUCCAGCUUUAUGAGACUAUGGGUACCAGACAUACAACUAUGGUCGUUGGUCCUUCUGGAUCAGGCAAGAGUGUUAUCAUCAACUCACUUGCUGCUGCCCUAAAGGAAGAUACUGGAAUUUCAACCAAGAUUGAUACCAUUAAUCCUAAGAUGGUCACUUUGAAUGAGCUUUAUGGAGUGCUCGACCCUGAUAGCAGAGACUGGACAGAUGGUCUCCUUUCUAAGACAUUCAAGGAUGCUAAUACAGAAAUCCCAGGUAAAACAGAGAGAAGAUGGAUUAUCUACGACGGAGAUGUCGAUGCAGUGUGGGUUGAAAACAUGAAUUCAGUCAUGGACGAUAACAAGAUUCUCACUUUAGCUAAUGGUGAUCGUAUUCGUCUUCUUAAGACUUGCGCUAUGUUGUUUGAAGUCUAUGAUCUUCAAUACGCCUCUCCAGCUACCAUUUCUAGAUGCGGUAUGGUCUACGUUGACCCCAAGAAUCUAGGUUACGCACCAUUCUUUGAAAGAUGGGCAAAGGAAAAGCAUGAGAAGUAUUCAGAGGUAAUGUAUGAGAGUUUGAAAGAGCUCUAUUCUAAGUAUGUGCCACUUUGCAUCGAUAGAAUCUUUGAAGGUGCCACUGGUGGAGAUGAAAUAGUAGAACCAUUGAAAUUUAUAACACCAAGAACUAACCUCAAUCUUGUUCAGCAACUUGCUACAUUAAUUGAUUCAAUUAUCCCACCCCCUGAUGCCAACCCUCCUCAAGAGGUUGAUCAGCUUGAGAGACUUUUCAUUUUCUGUUUGGUUUGGUCGCUAGGAGGUUCUCUCGUGUCAGAUGAUAGAGAAAAGUUCUCUGAAUUCAUUAGAACAACAAGUGGUUUGAUUUUACCAUCAAGUUCUCUAUUCGAAAAUCAAUUCGAUAUUGAUACAAUGAGCUAUGUACUCUGGGAGAGACAAGUUCAAUAAUAUAGUGCUCCAGGAAACAAAAAGUUCUCUGCUAUUCUUGUGCCAACAGUUGAUACCUUGAGGUACUCAUGGCUUUUAAGCAAGAUUAUGUCACUGAAGAAGCCAGCAAUGUUCGUUGGAGACUCAGGUACUGCCAAGACAGUCACAAUUUUUUCACAUUUCAAAUAACUACCAAUGGAUAAAUACACUAUUCUUAACAUCAACUUCUCAUCCAGAACAACUUCAAUGGACUUCCAAAAGAAUGUUGAGGAAAAUAUUGAUAAGAGAUCAUUCAAACAGUAUGGUCCUAAAACAGCUGGUAAAUAGCUUAUUAUCUUCAUUGAUGAUUUGAACAUGCCCAGAAUUGAUAAAUACGGUACUCAACAACCAGUUGCUCUUAUGAAGUUCUUGAUUGAAAGAAACCAACUCUAUUAGAGAGGUGGUGAGCUCGAGCUAAGAGAAAUUGUAGAUACACAAUAUGUAGGAGCUAUGACCCCACCAGGUGGUGGUAACAACCCAGUUGAUCCAAGAGUCAUGUCUCUCUUCUCAGUAUUUAACAUUACAUUCCCCUCAAAGGAGGCUAUUGAGAAGAUUUACACUUCAAUCUUAGAGAAGCACUUGGUUGAGUUCCACGAAGACAUUAGAAACAUUGUACCAAAAAUUACAUCUGCAACCCUUUCCCUUUACUUCCAAAUCUGCGAAAAACUCCCUCGUACUCCAGUCAAGUUCCAUUAUAUUUUCAACUUGAGAGAUCUCUCAAGAGUUUAUGAGGGUCUAUGUCAAAUGACCAUUGAUAAAUUUACCACUAAGGAGAGUUUGAUUAGAAUCUGGAGAAAUGAGUGCAUGAGAGUAUUUUCAGAUAGACUAGUCAAUGAGACUGACAGAGGUCUAGUCAGUGAGCAACUUAUCGUCAAUCUUGUUAAAGAAUUCUUCCCUGGCACUGAAGAAUAUGUAAUGAGGAAUCCAUCACUAUUCGGAGACUAUGCUCUCUCAGACCCAACUGAUGAAGAGGCUGAAGAUCCAAGACUUUACGAAGACCUUGGAGAAUACGAUGAUGUUAGAAAGAAGAUGAACAAGCUUCUUGAAGAUUAUGGAUUCGAAAACAAACCCAUGAACUUAGUGCUUUUUAAUGAUGCUCUUGAGCAUGUCACCAAGAUUCACAGAAUUAUUAGAUUCCCUAAGGGUUCUGGUCUAUUAGUCGGAGUCGGUGGUUCAGGUAAAUAAUCGCUCACAAGACUGGCUACAUUCACAGCUAACUAUGAUCUAUUUUAAAUUGGUCUUGUCAGAAACUACAAGGAAGAAAACUUCAGAGAGGAUUUGAGAUCCCUUUACAGAGAAGUCUUGAAGAAGCCUAAGACAUUCCUCUUCACUGAUGCCCAUGUCGUUGAAGAAGGAUUCCUUGAAUUGAUUAACAACAUAUUGACCAUCGGUAUGGUACCAGCACUAUUCCCAGAAGAGGAAAAAGACGGUUUGACAUUCCCUCUUGAUGAUGAGAUGAGAAAGCAAGGACUCCCAGAGACAAAGGAGUUCAGAUGGUAAUACUAUGUAACCAGAGCAAGAGAAAACCUCCACAUCAUUCUUGCAAUGUCUCCAGCUGGAGAUACCUUACGUUUACGUUGUCGUAACUUCCCAGGUCUGGUAUCUAACACAAAUAUUGAUUGGUUCUUCGCUUGGCCUGAAGAUGCCUUGGCUGCCGUCGCUUCUCAUUUCUUGGUCAAUGUUGAGCUCGAAGAUGACUAGAGACAACCAGUUACUGAUCACAUAGUCAUGAUCCAUUAGAGUGUGCAGCAAUACAGUAUUGAAUUCGAAACCGUCUACAAGAGAAAGAACUUCUCCACACCCAAAAACUAUCUCGAUUUCAUUGACAACUAUAUCAAGUUCUUGGGAACAAACAGAAAAUUGAUAGAUUCAAAUGUGAGACGUUUAGAAGGUGGUCUUACAACAUUGGCUAAAGCCCAAGAAGACACUGAGUUAUUGAGCAAGGAACUUGCUAUUAAGAAUGCUGAAAUCGCUGAAAAGAAGAAAGUAGUCGAGGAACUUAUUGCAGAUAUCACUGAGAAAUCAGAGGUAGCCAGCAAGCAACAAGCUGUCGCUGCAGAAAAGAAGGCUUUCUUGGAUGUCAAGAGUGUUGAAAUUGCUGCUGAGGAGAAAGAAGCCAAGAAACAACUUGAUGAAGCACUCCCAGCUCUUGAAGCUGCCGCUUAAGCUCUGAACAACAUCAAGCCAGCAGAUAUUACUGAAAUCAAGGCCUUGCCUCAACCUCCUCAGAUUAUUCAGGAUGUGUGUACAAUCUGUUAUUUCUUGUACCCCAAGGGAGGUGCAGAUGAUCAGUGGGCAUCCGUUAAACUUAAGUUGCUCGGAGAUAUGCAGCUACUUCAAAAUCUUAGAGAGUAUAACGUAUCAAAUACCAAGGUUGAUCAAGCAUCCAGAGCUAAAAAGAAGAUGGCUCUUCUUGAGAAGGAAUGUGGCUGUUCAGGUUCAGAACUAUCAACUCUUAUUAACUCAAAGAACAAGGCUACUGGUGGUCUCUUCCAAUGGGUUAUUGCCACUAUUAAGUGCUAUGAAAUCUAUAAAGAAGUUGAGCCUAAGAGAAAGAAGGCUGCUUUACUCAAAGAACAAAAGCAAACUGCUGAGAACGAACUUGCUGACACUGAAGCCAAAUUGAAAGAGGUCACUGAAAAACUUAACAUUCUCAAUCAAAACAAAGCAGUAAAACAAGCUGAGUUAGAUGAUCUAGAAGCGAAAUCUAGAGAAAUGCAAAGAAAAUUGAAUGCUGCAUCAAAACUUAUUACUGGACUUGGUUCAGAAUAAAAACGUUGGACACUUGACUUAGAAGGUCUUGGUACAGAUAAGGUAAAGUUAGUUGGAGAUUGCCUAUCUGGCUCUGCUUUCUUGUCAUAUUGUGGAGCUUUCAACUUUGAUCUGAGAAAGAAGAUGGUCUAUGAUCACUGGAAAUAAGAUCUUAUAUUGAAGAACAUCCCUAACAAAGAAGGAUAUAGACUUGAGAAGUUCUUGACAAAUGAUGUUGAAAUCUCAAAGUGGGCUUCAGAAGGUCUUCCCUCUGAUGAGUUGUCAAUCUAGAACGGUAUCUUAACAAAGAAUGCCAGCAGAUGGCCACUUUGUGUUGACCCAUAAAUGUAAGCUGUCUAUUGGAUUAAGGAGAAGGAAAAGAAGUCAAAUCUUGAAGUGCUAUCAUUCAACUAAGCUGAUUAUAUCAAGAGACUUGAGAUGGCCAUUAAUUUCGGUAAACCUGUUCUAUUCGAGGCUAUUGAUGAGGAAAUUGAUCCAAUGAUUGACCCAAUCCUAGAAAAGAAUAUUAUCGUCCAAGCAGGAGUCAGAAUGAUUAAAUUAGGAGAUUAAAACAUUGAGUAUCACGAUGAAUUUAGACUCUACAUGACUACUAAAAUUGCUAACCCCAACUACCCUCCCGAAACCUAUGGAAAAACUAUGAUUAUCAACUUCAACGUCACCUUGCAAGGUCUUAGAGACCAAUUAUUGAACGAGGUCGUUGGUUAUGAAAGACCAGAGCUCGAGAGACAAAGAAAACAAUUGGUUAUUGAAACAUCUCUAAAUAGAUCUACUCUUAAGGACUUAGAAGAUACUUUACUCAGUGAGUUGUCUAAGGAGACUGAUAUUCCUCUAGUUGAUAAUGUUCCUCUAAUUGAGACACUCGAGAAUGCUAAGUCAAAGUCAGUUGAAAUCGCUGCUGCUCUAGAAACUGCUAAGAUUACAGAGACUGAUAUUGAAGCAAGUAGAGAGUCUUAUAAAGAUGUUGCCAAAAGAGGUGCUAUUCUUUUCUUCGCAAUGCAAGGACUCUCAGCUAUUUCUGAAAUGUAUGAGUACUCACUCUCCAGUUAUUUGACUGUAUUCAAGAAUGCACUCGAAUCUGCAAGAAAAGAUAACAUUCUACAAAACAGAUUGAGAAACAUCAAGGAAAAAUUAACCCAACUAGUGUAUGAAUUUACCUGCAUGGGUAUAUUUGAAAGACACAAGCUUAUGUUCUCAUUCCAAAUGACAACUAUGAUUAUGGAUGGUGAUAAUGAACUUAAUAAACUUGAACUAGAUUUCUUCCUCAAGGGUAACACUAGUUUAGAUGCCAUUGCAAGAGACAAGCCUUAUGUAUGGCUCUCAGCUAAUGGCUGGAAAGAUCUAUAGAGACUUUAAAGUCUUGGAGAAGUCUGGAAAACUGUUGUUGAUGACAUUGAAGGCAAUGGAAACCUGUGGAAAACUUGGUAUGAUCUAGAAGCACCAGAGUAAGUUGAAAUUCCAUGUGGAUAUUCUGAUAAGCUAAGCAAAUUCCAGCAGCUUCUUAUUGUUAGAUGCUUCAGACCAGAUAGAGUUGUUAACUCAAUCAAGAAUUUCAUUAUUGAAAAGAUGCAUGAACAAUAUGUCAAGUCACCACCCAUCAGAUAUGAAAAGAUAUUCGAGUAAUCAACAGAAAAGAACCCAAUUGUGUUCAUUUUGAGUCCAGGUGCUGAUCCCUUCAGUGAUGUAUAGAAACUAGCUGACCAAGUUGGAAUUGGUCAAACUAAAUUCAAGUUCUGUUCACUCGGUCAAGGUAUGGGAGAGACUGCCAAACAAUUGAUCGAAAGUGGUGCUAUGAGAGGAUAUUGGGUUAUGCUUCAGAACUGCCAUUUGCUUACCUCAUGGUUGAAGAAACUUGAAGUUAUCAUCGAAAACAUCACAAAGCCAGAUAAGAAUUUCAGAUUAUGGCUAACAACUGCUCCAACUGAUAAAUUCCCAUUGGGUAUCCUGCAGAAGUCACUUAAGGUAGUCACUGAGCCUCCCGAUGGUCUUGGCCAAAACAUCAAACAAUCUUACACUAAACUCAAUGAUGAGAUGCUGAAUGAGUGCCCAACUAAAGAAUUCAAAUCAUUAGUGUAUGUACUCGCCUUCUUCCAUGCCGUCAUCUAGGAAAGAAAGAAGUUUGGAAAGAUCGGUUGGAAUGUAGCAUAUGACUUCAACGAGAGUGACUAUAAGAUUUCGUUCAGACUUAUCAGCAUGUACUUGAACAAAGCUUUCCAAAACAAAGAAGAGGAACUACCUUGGGAAACGUUGAGAUAUCUUAUUGGAGAGGCUAUGUAUGGCGGUAGAGUUACUGAUGACUUCGAUAGAAGAGUCCUCAACACUUACUUGAAAGAGUAUGUUGGAGAUUUCAUCUUUGAUAGUAACUAGACUUAUUAUUUCUCAAGAUCAGGAUAAGACUACACAAUCCCAGUUUGCGAAAACCUUGAGCAAUUCAUAAUGCAAAUUGAUAUGAUACCAUUGUUCACAUCUCCAGGAGUAUUCGGUCUUCACCCUAACGCUGAAAUUUCUUAUUUUACAAACACUGCAAAGGAGAUUUGGUUAAAUACCAUUGAAAUGCAAACCUCUGAUGUCUCAGCUGGAGGUGGUAUUAAUAGAGAAGAGUACAUUGAAUAAGUAGCAUCAGAUAUACAAACAAAACUACCAGAACUAUUCGAUUACUACAAUAUCAAGAAGAGCAUUGAAAUCCCAACUCCUGCUUAAGUAGUGCUUUUACAAGAAUUAGAAAGAUUUAACAGGCUUUUGGAGAGAAUGCAUUAAUCACUAUUUGAUCUAAAGAGAGCCUUGUUGGGAGAAAUCGGUAUGAGUAUCGAACUCGAUGAACUUGCAAACAGUUUAUUCAAUGGUUUCCUUCCAACUAUGUGGUCAUAACUUGCCCCACAGACACUUAAGAAUCUAGUUAAUUGGAUUGAACACUUUAUGAGAAGAUUCAACCAAUAUAAGGCUUGGAUUGAAAUAGAAGAACCAAAAGCAAUGUGGUUGUCAGGUCUUCACAUUCCAGAGUCUUAUUUGACUGCCUUGGUGCAGACAACUUGCAGACAAAAGGGUUGGGCUCUUGAUAAAUCUACUCUUUACACCAUGGUGACUAAAGUCAGAAAUCCUGCAGAGGUAAAGAAGAGACUUGAACAUGGAUGCUACAUUUAAGGACUUUAUCUUGAAGGUGCCAUUUGGAAUAUGGAAAAGGAUUGCCUGGACUACCAGAAUCCAAAGGAGCUGAUUGUUGAGAUGCCACUCAUCCAAAUUAUUCCUAUUGAAGCCAACAAACUUAAGCUUAGAGGCACCAUCAGAACUCCAGUCUACGUAACACAGGCAAGAAGAAACGCUAUGGGUGUUGGUCUAGUGUUUGAAGCAGAUCUCAAGACUGAUAAGCAUCCAUCCCAUUGGGUAUUGCAGGGAGUUUGCUUGGUACUUAACACUGAUUGA